CACUGGAUGGCGCCACGGGCUACACAACUGCAACGAAACGAGGGAAAAUCGCUGAUCAGCCGGCACAAGAGGAAUUUACGGAAUUUACAAACAAAUUAGAAAUUUCAUCCAGGUUUUUAGUUUAAUCUUGAAAAAUGACAGACAUUGGCAUGGAUUUCUCCGUGACGUCUGUCCCUCCAGACGGCCAAAGAUGGUUCUGCGAACUGGACGGUCGUCUACACAGUCGGCCUCGACAGGGAUCUUUUAACCCUGAGUCACCUCUGCUGGCGGCCCUGACUGCCUACUGCGAGAACUUGGACGCACCGAGUGACAAAGCGCAUGACCACUGGCGUGCCCCUCUGGACCAUCAGCCCGGCGGCCUCUUCCUGUCCGCCCCGACGUCAACGGCGAAAGCUGCUGUGGCCGCCUUCUACCACCACGGCUGGGUGGCAGGCCUCGAAGUGCUCUCUAAACAAAAUCGCUUGCUGGACCGCGUCCUCCGCUCAUUGGCUCCCAAGCACCAGGUCGGGGGUCACCGGCCUCUGAUGGCCGCCCACCCGACGGACAAAGAGCUGGCCGUCGCUUUCCGAGAGGAUGUUGUGCGCGUAGUUGGUUGGGCCAAAGGACAGGCACACGACUUCAAGUCUAAAUUCAGGGUGCUCUGCCUUGGUUGGCGGCCGUAUGCCCACCACCUCGUAGCUGGUUGUGCUGCUGGACUGCUCGUGUGGAGUGCCAAACAGGAAAACAAACAGUAUUCAGAUCUGCCGAUGAGCACCGGGCGGCACUGCCUGCUGCCCAGUCCAAACAGCUGUCCAGUUGCCGCCGUGGCGUGGCAGCCAAAGGGUGACUACCUGGUGGCCGCGGCCGGCAACGAGCUGUACCUGGUGCGGCCCGAGACUGAGCAUUGGUGGCUUCUGCCACGGGGAGCGGCCGCUCAUCUGCUGCUUUGGUCACCAUGCGGCCGGCGCCUGCUGGCCGCCUCAUCCGGAGCCUCCUUCCACCUGUGGAACGCGGCCACCUGGACUGCUGAGCGGUGGACCGUUGCGCGAGGCUCCUUGGUGGCCGCCGCCUUUAGCCCAGACGGCCGCCUGAUGCUGUUUGGCGAUGAGGCUGGCCUCUAUUGUCUGCCGACGGACGGACAAGCUUUCCUUAUUGAGCAAACGCGCGUGACCGCCUUGGCCUGGGAUGGGACGGUCCUGGCCGCUAUUCAUCAUGGCAGCGCUGCGGUUCAUGUUUACAGCACCAGAACUGAUCCCCAACUCAACAUUAGACCUUAUUUUGUAAUUGAUGGCAAGGAAGGCGAAAUAGCAUCAUCUAUCAACUUCUUCCCUGGCGCCAAGGGCGCCUCCUUGUUGGUGAUCCUUUGGUCUUCAGGCAGAGUCCAAUCCUUCCCUUUCACGACACAAGAAGCCUUUAGCAAAGCCAACAGCCGCAGAUUCUGAGACUGAAUUGUGAUUUUUUUGUACAUGUCAUAUAUAAUCUCGCAAAAAUAAAUUCGCUGUGAAACUCAA